CAAAAAACGGUGUAUAAAGUUUUUUUAAUUCCGCGCUUUGACAUUGCAAAAGAUAAUAAUUUCUGAAACAUCGGAUAUGCUCUAUCAUGACGUGUAUAAGCUUCUCCUGGGCCUGCUUUAAGUUAUUAAGAAGAUUUACGUCCAAGAAGAAAGUUAAGAAGCAGAAAAAAUACAAGCGGUUCGAUAAGAAGAAACUGAAAGUGACAUGGCGCUCCCGGUGAUACUGUUUACGUUUGUUGUGUUUCUGAGCACAAGUUCUAGCACCAGAACAUUGGAGUUUGAACAGAACGGAUUUUGCACGACAAUGCAUUGUAACACAAUUGCAAAAUUAAAGAAUUUGGAAAACUGCACCAUAAUUGUUGGAGACCUAAAAAUACUACUGUUAGAAAGAGCUAAAUCUAAGGAUUUUACUAAUAUCAGCUUCCCGAAAUUAAAAGAGGUAACGGGUUUCAUGGUGGUGUACCGAGUGGCCGGGCUGGACACCUUCGGGCGAAUGUUCCCCAACCUGGCGCGGAUACGGGGGACCCACCUGUUGUACAACUACGCUCUUAUAGUCUACGAUCUGCCGAAUUUGACAGAGGUAGGCUUCUACAAUCUCCUCAAGGUUGACCGUGGUGGGGUCAUCAUUUGGGGUGGACCUCUUACUUGCAACGUGGACACUAUAGACUGGAGCCACAUCGCUCCACGUGCCCGCCACGUGAUCAGUUCCCCGGAUCAGAACACCUGCAGCGUCAUGUGCACCUGCUCUACGAACCCAGCGACUAACCGCUGCUGGAAUAAUAGGAAAUGCCAGCGCUUCCUCGACGGUCCGGACGGCGAGCACUGCAGCGACCAGUGUCUCGGCUGCCGUAAAACCAACCCCAACAGCUGUACACUCUGCCGGGAGUACACGGACGGGGAUGCCUGUGUGCCGCAAUGCCCUUCUAACAAGCUCGUCCUAUCAGUCAGUAACUACUGUAUCAACAAAUCUGACUGCGAGUUCCUCGGCCGGUUCGCCUGGGACGGUCGAUGCGUUUCUGGUUGCCCAGAGAACUACGUCAAGAAGAAUAAUAGCGGAACAGUCACUUGUGUGAGAUGCGAUGAUUGUAAAAAGACCUGCGGCAAUUUAACUCUUCAGACCCUCGCGUCGAUUCAGGACGCCGAGAAAUGUGUCUACGUGAACGGCUCAUUGACUAUACGAGUGUGGUCGAUACCUAACGUGGCAAACGAGCUCCGAUUCUAUCUUAAAAAUAUCGUCGAAGUGUCAGACUAUAUCCUCAUAUACGGAUCCAUGACCCUAACCUCUUUACAUUUCCUUUCAUCUCUACGACGUGUGAGGGGAAUUCGCUUAUACGGGAAAAGAUACAGUGUAGUAGUUCACGAUAUGCAUAAUUUGCAGACGCUCCUCCUAUCGAACGUCACGGAGAAACUCAAUAUAGAAAACGGUACUCUGCGAUUAUACAGAAAUCCGAUGCUCUGUAGGAAACAAAUAGAAAAGUUGAGGGCCGCGUUUCGCGAGACACCGGACGAACUAGACGUACCCCAGGGCAUGAACGGCUACAGCGGAAGUUGCAGGGAAGUGUCUCUCGGAUUAAAAAUACGCGCGACAAACGAAACUUCGGCCGUCGCAACUUUUUAUCCCAACGCGAAAGCCGAUUCCAACUACACCAUUUUGUACGUGAGGGUGCCCCACGGGAUAAACGCGAGCAUAGUUCCCGAAACAUGCAGCGAGUUCGAAUGGAACGCUAUCAGCGUUAACGUUACGACGCAAAGUUUGGUGAAGGUGCAGUUGAUGAAUCUGCUGCCUGCGUCUACGUACGUAGCCUGUAUAGAAACUUACGAGUCAUCAUCCCGUUUCCUCGCGAGAAGUUCGGUCGUAAACUUUUCGACACCCGUCGGUAAGCCGGAGCCCCCAUUCAUUUUGGAAUUGACGGCGUCGUUCUCCGACGCUAUUGUGAUUAGAUGGGUCAAUCAUCUGGAUUUCAAUCCGUUCAUUGACCACUACGAGUUGGACGUCAGAAUUGUGGAUAUAUCUGACGUGGACGUUAUUUAUAAGGGCAACUGUUUAUUUCCCGAUAACAAUAUGAUAGAAAUAGACUAUACCCGACACGCCAAAGUCAGGAGACCGCCUAGGAAAUAUGAGAAAUCUUGCGAAUCUAUGUGCGGAGUCUUGUCGACGGUCACCGUUGGAGCCAUGGUGGAAGACUAUUUUGAUGUCUGCGGCGCUAUCGAAGGCUGCGGUGAUAACGAGUAUAUUAACCGUCCAAAUAAUAUAACUAGAGGGGGCAUUGUACAUAGCACGUCUCUCAACUUGACAGCGCCAUUAAAUAAUACUCAAAUCAGUGGUUUGGCACCAUUCAGAGAUUAUAGAUUUGAACUGAGAGCGUGCACCAAGGAGCUAUGCAGUCGUACUGUAAGAGAAUUUGUACGGACUCUAAGAACUAAAAGUGUCGAUGUGGCUACUAUAAAAUCGGUAUCCGCAAAUACAUUAGGGUACGUCACAGUAGAAUGGGAACCUCCGAAAAGAAUAAACGGACCCAUACUUUGUUACAAUUUAGAGAUAUACCCAGGUAUAAAGAUUAACAAUAAUAGUCGGACGCUGCCCCAAGUGACAUGCGUCGCUAGUAACGUUACCAAUAUAGUGGUGAAAACGAUUCAAGCUAAGAAAUACGUAGUCAAAAUUUGUACAACUACACUCGGUUCUAGUUACUUAUGUACAGAUGUGGUUAAAGUUGAUGUUAUCGAAGAUAUACCGUCAAAGACUUUAAGUACGUGGUUGACCGGUAUAUUCAUUGGUGUUGGUAUAUAUUUCGCGUCAGUUUUUUUUGGUUGGAAGUACGGAUUUAGGGAAGUACGGACGGAUGAUAUACCGUUAGUGGAUGCGACUUCCGAGUAUCGUAAUGAGAGUGAGCCUCCAGCGGUAAUGUUGUCGGAUUUUGCCCCAAUAUACAGUGUGCCAUACCGUGAACUGCGUUAGCACUUUAAUCAUAGAAAUAAAUCAAAAUAGAACGGCG